UCCAACAACAGACGUCUAUCUCGUCUCUAGACAAUUCCAUUUGCUUUCUCAAUAUAUAUCUAGUCCUUUCGCAGCUUUCAGCUCUUUGGACAAAACAUGGCCGACUCCGUCGUGCUAGCCAACCUCUCUCUUUUAUUGCUUUGCAUUGUAGCCACACACCUAAGUACUGAUCCAUGGCCUCUAAUUAUCACAAUCCUUUUACCGUGUUUGUUUAUGAUCUUAGCAAUCCUCCUAAAUUAUUGGCUUGUCCCGGGGGGCUUUGCAUGGAGAAACCACCAUCAAAACUCUCCCAAACUUCGAGGUCCGUCUGGUUGGCCAAUAUUGGGUACCUUACCCAACCAAAUGAGCGCUCUUGCUCAUCGUAAGUUGGCUGCCAUGGCUUCCUCUCAUGGUGCUACUCGGCUUAUGGCAUUCAGUCUAGGAACCACGCGUGCAAUCAUCAGCAGCCAUCCGGAGACCGCAAAGGAAAUCCUAUGCGGGUCUUCUUUUUCAGAUCGGCCCAUGAAAAUCUCUGCUCGUUUACUCAUGUUUGAGCGCGCCAUUGGCUUCGCUCCUGCCGGUGACUAUUGGCGUCAUCUUCGUAGGAUUGCUGCAAAUUACAUGUUCUCCCCUAGGAGAAUUUCUGGGCUAGAGGCACUAAGGCAACGCGUGGCUAAUGAAAUGUUGGAGGGAGCUUUGAAGGAGAUGGAGGGCAGAGGGUUUGUGGAAUUGAGAGGUAUAUUUCAAAGAGGAUCUCUAAGUAACAUACUAGAGAGUGUAUUUGGAAGUGGCUUAGAAUUAGAAAAAGAAGAGUGCUUGGGCGAGAUGGUCAGAGAAGGGUACGAUCUCAUUGCAAAAUUUAAUUUGGAGGACCAUUUGCCUCUGAAGUUUUUAGACUUUCAGGGGGUAAAGAGAAAGUGCUACCGAUUGGCAGGUAAGGUUAAUAGUGUGGUGGGUGAGAUGGUAAAAGAAAGAAAAAGAGCUGGGGACUUCGGUGCUGGAAAUGAUUUUCUUAGUGCUUUGCUAUCCCUGCCCAUGGAGGAUCGACUAAGUGACUCGGACAUGGUAGCUGUCUUGUGGGAAAUGAUAUUUCGAGGAACAGAUAAUAUCUCCGUACUUCUCGAGUGGAUCAUGGCCAGGAUGGUUAUUCACCAAGACAUUCAAAAGAAAGUCCAAGAUGAGCUCGACACGUGCGUAGGCAAUCACAGGCAAGUUCAAGACUCCGAUAUUCCAAACCUCCCUUACCUUCAGGCCAUAGUCAAAGAAGUCCUCCGCAUGCACCCUCCAGGCCCAUUACUCUCGUGGGCCCGUCUUGCUGUCCACGAUGUCCACGUUGGAAAGAUUCUUGUGCCCGCUGGCACAACAACAAUGGUGAACAUGUGGGCCAUAACCCACGACCCAUCCAUUUGGAAUGAUCCAUGGGUCUUUAGACCCGAACGAUUUAUUGAGGAAGAGAUAUCCAUCAUGGGCUCUGAUCUAAGACUUGCACCAUUCGGAUCGGGUCGUAGGGUGUGUCCUGGCAGAGCACUAGGUUUAGCCACGGUGCAUUUGUGGCUCGGACGGCUUCUCCAUGAAUUUAAAUGGCUUCCAAUAGAAUCUGUAGAUCUUUCAGAAUGCUUGAAGCUCUCCCUUGAAAUGAAAAUGCCGUUGUCAUGUUGCAUGAUCCGUAGAUGUGACAUCAUGAGCAUAUGAAAAGCUAGUUGCAUGGUGUAAUUAGAAUAAUUUUGUGCAUGUGUGAAGGAAAAAAAUGGUGUGAUCGAUUAAGGUUGUAAGUCCAGUAGUGCUUAUGUGAUCAUGAAUUGGGGUUAGAAAGGGACUUAAUCCUCAAAGUACCUCAAGGUAUAUGCGUAGCAUAAGUUUAAGAAGACUAGUGUUUUUUAAUUA